GUAGGAUCUUACGGAUGGGUUUAGUAGGGUAAAGGUAAUCGGACUGGACGUAAACACACUGACUAGAUAUUUCUGCUGUGCGUUGACACUGUUAGCAAAGUCAACUCAUCCUGAAGAAGGGAGAAGAAAUGGAGAGUCAUUUGUCAAAGGCUCCCCCAGAGACGACCUUCCAGUACCAAGACACCCUGCCAUCCCUGCCUCUCCCAUCACUAGAGAGUAGCCUGUCAAAGUACCUGAAUGCAGUUCGUCCAUUUGCAUCUGAGGAAGAGUUUAAGUCUACGUUGGACAUUGUGAAGAAAUUUCAAGUGGGUGUUGGCCAAGAGCUGCACCAAAAACUUCUGCAGAAAGCCAGAACCAACAGGAAUUGGCUGGAAGAGUGGUGGUUAGAUGCUGCAUAUCUGGAGGUUCGCAUCCCAUCUCAGCUGAAUGUGAACUUUGCCGGCCCAGGGCCUUACCUGGAGCACAGCUGGCCUCCUGAAGAGGGAACCCAGCUGCAGAGGGCCAGUAUUAACACAUGGCACACACUACAGUACUGGAACCUGAUCCGCACGGAGAGGCUGCAUCCUCAGAAAGCUGGCAAACUACCGUUAGAUAUGGACCAGUUCAGAAUGCUGUUCGCCACCUGCAAAGUACCUGGAGUAAAGAAGGACACCAUUCGUAACUACUUCAAGACAGAAAGUGAAGGACCGUGCCCUUCCCAUGUGGUAGUGAUGUGUCGUGGACGGAUCUUUACAUUUGACGCUGUGUGUGAUGGACAAAUCCUCACUCCUCCAGAAAUACUCAGGCAGCUGAGCUAUGUGAAAGAGUACUGUGAGGGGGAGCCAGAGGGAGACGGAGUGUCUGCCCUCACCUCAGAGGAGAGGACUCGCUGGGCACUGACCCGGGAGCAUCUAAUAAGCAUUGAUCCACACAAUAGCAACAUCCUGGAGACCAUCCAGAGCAGCCUGUUCGUCAUAGCUCUGGAUGAAACAAAACCCUAUUCCUCUCCAUUGAACUACACAAAUAUAACCAGGGCAUCCCUUACAGGCGACCCCACCGUCCGCUGGGGCGACAAAUCGUACAACUCACUCUGCUUCACAGAUGGAACUUUUGGAUCCACGUGUGAUCAUGCACCGUAUGAUGCCAUGGUGCUGGUGUCUCUGUGUUGGUAUCUGGACCAGCAAAUCAAAGCUACAGAAGGCAAAUGGAAGGGUUCAGAGGCAGUCAGACCCGUGCCCCGUCCUGAGGAGCUGGUGUUUACUGUGGACGAAAAAGUCCAGAGUGACAUCUGCCACGCCAAACAGCAGUACAUGGAGAAGGCGCAGGACAUGCAGAUUGUGUGUUACGCCUUCACAGGAUUUGGAAAAGAUGCCAUCAAACAGAAGAAGCUGCACCCCGACACUUUUAUUCAACUAGCAAAGCAGCUGGCUUUCCAGCGAAUGCACAAAAGGCUGGGCAGUUGUUAUGAGACGGCAAUGACUCGCAAGUUCUACCAUGGCAGGACGGAGACGAUGCGACCCUGCACCCAGGAGGCUGUCAACUGGUGUGAAGCCAUGAUGGACCCCUCGUGUGAUGCUGAAAGCAGAAGGAAAGCCAUGAUGGCAGCCUUCAAUACGCACAACAAACUGAUGAUUGAUGCCCAGGAAGGAAAAGGUUUUGACAGGCAUUUUCUUGGGCUGUAUCUUAUCGCCAGAGAGGAGGGACUUCCUACUCCAGACCUCUUCAUGGAUCCUCUUUACGCAUUGAGCGGUGGAGGAGGUAACUUCGUGCUGUCGUCCAGCCUGGUGGGCUACACCACAGUUCUUGGGGCUGUGGCUCCCAUGGUGCACCACGGCUACGGCUUUUUCUAUUGCAUCAGAGAGGAUAGGAUUGUGAUCUCUAUCUCGGCUUGGAACUCUUGCCGUGAGACAGACGCAGCGUCACUCUUCAACAACUUCUCCAGCUCCAUGCAUGAGAUGCUCCACCUGGCCACCACAUCUCAGCUAUAAAUAACACUUUAUUGCACACACGGUUCACCAGCCCUGGUAAUAGCCGACAUCUAGUGAUAGUCAUGUUUGUUCAGAGCAAAGAUCAAUGCAAAGGUACAGAAUCUGAUCUUCUGAUAGCCACUGGUUUGGGCAUUACAUCAAAUCUUAUCAGCUUUUCUGAUUCAUGUACUGAUUCCUCAUUUUUAGUGUAAAUCUUUAUGAUUCUUGUGUUAAUUUUUUGGAGAAUGUUUCCUUCCUGACAGUAUUAAUGCGUAUUUAAGAUAAGCUGAUGCUACACCUCAUAACUGUUUAUGGUGUUGGUUCUUCACUGGGUAAAUAUUUACCAAACGCUGUGAUGCCCAGGCAAUUGAAGAAAAAUAGCUUCUGUUUGUUUCAAUUGUUUUCCUUGAAUUAUUUUGCAUUCCAAUUUAACUAAUUGAAAAUAACUUUAUAAGUUAAAUAUAAUUGAUUUGCCUUGUAUUAUUUUAUGGAUUAGUUAAAAUCUAGAACACACAACUUUAAAAGUUGGACUGAAAGGAUUGUUGUAGAAGAAAUCAGUUAAUGCCACCAAUCAAAAUCAUGAUAGGAAUUACAGUUUUCAUAGUUAUUUUGGGCCACACAGGUAUAGAUAAGCUGUUAGCUGCAAUCACCCUUUAUAGGAAAGACUGCUAACACUACCCAGCGAUGCAGGGAGAAACGUAGUUAUCAUUUAGCUAGCUUCCACUUUUCAAUUAAAACUUCAAAUUUGAGUUUGACUUAUGGAAACUGAGUGGCCUUCAGAUCUAUUGAUGUUCUGCACAUAGUUUUGUGUUGCUUCAGAACACCAGUAAACGUUUUGGUUUGCUUGUUGUUGCCUUACUUACCAACACACUAUGCAGCAUUCCUUUAUCCGUAUGUCACGCUUGAGAUUGUUGAAUGUUAAAACGAAUGUGUAUUAGGAUGGCUGCUGUAAAGCGUGAAUGAGCCCCACAAACUGUGAUUUAUAUCCCCUAAUUUCCUCUGCAUUUAAAAGCUAAUCUGUCUGUGACUGCUGACAAAGGUUUUGGAAAUGGUAAAAUGUGAAUAAGAUUGUACCUCUUUUAAACAUACAAUGAAUACUAGUUUAAUAUUUUACAUUUUAAAUACUUUAGUUUUAUUAUUCAAAAGUGUAUUUGAUCCUGGAAAUGUAGCUUAUUUGUUUAGAAAACUAGACUUGUGAAAUGUUAUCUGAUGUUAAAGUAAGGGGAUGAUUCAAUAACUGAGUACAACAUUUUAAUAGUUACAUAUAGGCAUUUGUAGAAACAAAAGUAUUCCUUGUGAUUGCAACCAAAGUGUGACAAUAAAAAUUGAAUUCUGAACA